AUGUCUUUGCCUGAAUCUUUUAACUUGACCGCUGAGGACGCCAAGUUGUUGUUGGCUGCCAACGUUCACUUGGGUUCCAAGAACGUCCAGGUCCACAACAAGCCAUACGUCUACAAGACCAGACCAGACGGUGUCAACGUCAUCGACAUCUCCAAGACCUGGGAGAAGAUCGUGUUGGCUGCCAGAAUCAUUGCUGCCAUUCCAAACGCUUCUGACGUUGUUGUCUGUUCUUCCAGAACCUUUGGCCAGAGAGCUGUGUUGAAGUUCGCUGCCCACACCGGUGCCACCCCAAUUGCCGGUAGAUUCACCCCAGGUAACUUCACCAACUACAUCACCCGUUCUUUCAAGGAGCCAAGAUUGGUGAUUGUCACUGACCCAAGAACCGACUCCCAGGCCAUCAAGGAGUCCUCUUACGUGAACAUCCCCGUCAUUGCCUUGUCCGACGUUGACUCUCCAUCUGAGUACGUUGACGUUGCCAUCCCAUGUAACAACAAGGGUAAGCACUCUAUCGGUUUGAUCUGGUGGUUGAUUGCCAGAGAAGUCUUGAGAUUGAGAGGUAUCAUCCCAGACAGACAGCAGGAGUGGUCUGUCAUGCCUGACUUGUACUUCUACAGAGACCCAGAGGAGAUUGAGCAGAACGCUGCCGAGGAGGCUCGUGCUGCUGCUGCCCCAGAAGAGACUGAGGAGGCUCCUCAGCAACCAGAGACCGAGUGGAACGCUGAGACCAAUGUUGAGGACUGGGCUGACUCCGGUGUCACCGCUGCCGGCGAGGAGGCUGCUGCUUCUCAGUGGUAA